AUGCCCCGGCGCAGGAAGGCCGGAUCCCAACCCGCUUCGUACAACCUCCGCUGGCACAGCAUCGCGGACCCCAACACGCCUAGUGUUGAUAUUAUGUCCUCGCCUGACCCGCUCAACGAACCCACUAGUAUAUCGUAUCCUAGCUUUGCGCCUCAGUCCACGUCGCGUCGCGUCUCACGCAGCCCGCAACGGAGAAUCUCGCUAGCCUCGCCCAGGAAACAGAAUCUAUUGUCGCCGCGGCGGUUACUGGAACCCGGCGAGACGGAGGGCGACGACGACAUGGCCUCUGCAUCCAGCGGCACGAGGAGGAAGCUCUUCAAGUCGCCGGUUCAGUCGCCCACAGUGCGGCGCAGGGCGGAUGACACAAUCACGACCACGGUUCCGCUGAGGGAGUCUGCCGAAGACGAGCUCACAGCGGCGGUAACUCCUAGUAGGAGACGAAGCCGCGCUCGACCUUCCAAUGGAACACCUCUUCCUACGGCGGGAGUCAAGAGGAGGGCGGGAUCACCAAUCAGCAGAAAUCCACGUCGCAUACGUGAUGAGCGAUUCACGGGGGGAAACACUGAGGAGCUACAUUUUGAUGAGAAAGAGAAUGUUCAGGCCACGCCUGCAACCGCAAAGCGAGGGCGUCCGCCCAAGAACAAGGCCGUCCAACCGUCCAGCGAGCUAGGAACCGCGAAGCGAGGGAGAAGACGACGGGCGAUGGCCCCCGAUGAGUUGGUCGGAAUAACGGAAGAAGCAGCACUUGAAAGAAGUUUGCAAGAUAUUCGCCGGCCAAGUGAAACCCAGCCUCCCUCGAGGCGACGUAUCAAUGGCAGUGUUCCAGGUGCCGAUGCUGCAUCCAAUGCAGAUACAGAAUCAAUGGACGAUGACGAUGAGCCGACACCCAAAGCCUCAGCACAGCCUUCAACAAUAUCAUUACCUUCCAAAAAUAGGCCGCUAGGAGCUGCUGGUAGUAGAGACACUGAACGUGCUCCAGAGGCAAGCGACCAUUCCACCGUGGAUGAGCACCAUGACUUUAGCUCUCAGACCAACGACACGAUUGCCCAGGGUGAAGAUUUUAGUAUGAUCUUCAUGGACUCCAUUCCUUCUUUGCAGAACAGUUACAUUGGCAACAGCACUGCCCAUGAUGAUGACGAACUUGGCGAAGACACACAUAUCAUAAUCAACAAUACUCUGGCCUCGCUAAGACAGGAAGUCGCUCAAACCAGCGAUCCGGUAGACAUCACAGAGGCAAUCGAGAUCCCAGAAGUUCCCGAGCUCGAAGAUUCGCCAGAAAAAGAGGUGGAAUUCAUUCCGAUCAUACGGGAAUCCGCCAGAAAUGCGCGUCUGAGUGACAGUCCGUGGUGGUCCCGCAAACCUAAGAAGAUAGGAUCAUCACCAACAAGACAUCAGACGACGCUGUUAAGGUCAGCUGCAAAGAGGUCAGGGAGACUGUUCAAGUUCGACCAACGGGAGGAGGAGCCGACGCCCACUAAGAUUGGUAAACGACCAACAUCCGCACAUUCCCGAGAGAGCCAGUCCAAAGUUUACGAAGACUCCUUCUCCGAGAUUCCUCAGAAUUUCCUUGAUUCUGCUACCCCUAAGCCCAUCAAUUUUGCCGCCACUCGAACCGAAAGAGAAGUUGAUUUGAUGGAGUACGGAUUGCAUGGAGAGGAAGAGGAACCAGCCGAGGAGGAACCAGCCCAGCAUACCGAAGAACCCGCGGAAGACGACGUUGAAGAACAUGGCGAGGAAGAUGCGGAGGAAGUAGCAGACGAGGGGCUAUUAACUGCGCAAAUCCAGCGGACGGCUGGGCCAAGUACGAUUAGGCUACCAACGCCGCCAUCGCCCGACAUAAUAAGUUCUCCCGUACGAGAUGUCGUCGAAGAGAGUGAGGACGAGGCACACGAGGACAUCAAAGGGCAUGAAGAAUUCGAAGAGCGCGAAGGGCAAGAGGAAUAUGAGGAACACGCAGAACAAGAGGAAUCUGAACAUGCGGAACAAGAGGAGUUUCAAGAACACGAAGAACAUGAAGAAGAUUUGGAACUGGAACUGGACCUGGAGUUGGAGGAGGAAGGAGAAGAAGAGCAGCUAACAGACCGCGAAGAACACCAUGAAGAAAUGGGGAACAAUGAGGAGGAGGCAGAAGUGGAAGAGUUUGAAGAGCAUGGGCUGCAAGAUGAGGAAGAGGAAGAAGUGGAACAACUGGAAGAAGACAUGGAAGAAGACGAAGAGCCGCAGGAAGAAGAGGGAGAGCACGAUGAGCAUGGACAAAUCGAGGAGUACAAGACGCACGAGCACGAGCACGAGCGUAGGCAUGAACACGAGCAUGAUGAAGACGAGGACAAUGGGCACGAACAUGAUGAGCACGUGCAUGAUGAACAAGAGGAGCACGAAGAGCCUCUCUACGCUUCACAUCGCUUGGGAGCAAACCUGUUCGCACGCCGUCAGCUUGCACACAAAGAUUAUUAUGCUGACGAAGAAAUGCGCUCCGAUCCUCUAGAGCAACCCGAGCAGUUGGAGCCGACACCUGAGUACGAAGCGCAGCCGGUGAAAGCCACACCACUCCAUCAGAUGUCAUCGCCACUCCAGGACCCUCAAACCGUACCUCCAGAACCCGUGCAGUAUCCGGCAAUCCGACCUGUCCUUUCUUCAAUAAUGCGAGCUGGCCGUGUUUUACAAAACGUCACUUCAGAUCCCCCAUCACCGGGAGACCGAGAGAAACAUCUGGGAAGCCCAUUCAGGAGCUCCGCAAGCAAAGAGUCAUCGCAAGGCGCCAAAGAUGACAGAUAUCAGCUCUCAAGCAGAAGCCCGCCACAGAUGUUCCCUUUUGGUCGUGACCAAUCGACCAUUAACAGGGCACCUGUAAGUCCCAGAGUCACUGCCAAUACCGAGGCUUUCAGUGUGAGCAUUAGCGGUGUACGCCGGCCACUUGAUAUUGGGGCAAAGGAACUGCUACAUAGGAAGCGACCAUCAUCAAGAGAAUCCGUCGCAAGCUCUCUGGGCAAUACGCCACCGAGUGGCAGUGCCACGAACUGGUUCGAAAGGGAGGGUCCUAUAAGUCCUCUUGUAAGGGGUGUUAACUCGUUCCUGCAAUCAUCGCGCUUCUCGAGUAUUAGGCAUGCUAUUCCUUUUGUUCAAGUUGAUGGCGCUGGAGAAGAUGAAGAUGAAGAGGAGGAGCGAGCGGAAGAAGAGGGGGCUGAAGAGGAUGAAGAGGACGAGGAAGUGGAAGAGCAAGAGCAAGAGCAAGAGGUGGAAGCAGAGGAGGAGGAGGAGGAAGAAGAGGAGCAGGAGGAGUUUGAAGAACCAGAGCAGCUGGAUGAGCCAGAGGAACUGGAACCGGAACUGGAACCGGAGCAGGAUUAUGAAGAACAAAUGCAGGAACCGGAACCCGAAGAGGAUGAAGAAGAAGAAGAAGAGGACGAAGACGAAGACGAUGAUAUUGAUAUCUGGGAAUACGAAGCACGGCGAGAAGUACCACCUCACCAAGAACCCCAGCAGCAGCCGCUAAUGCCACUGGCACAAGAGCACGGCACGGCACCGAGUCAUUCAAGUUCAUGGAGAGACGCAAACCGAGCACCUGCUGCAGCCGUUGCUGCUCCAAAUAAUCUGUCAAAGUCAUCUCGCAUGAAACAGUCGCUUAGCCGGCGCGCUGAGGAGAAAUUUGAAGGUGAGGAGCACUCUGUGAUAUCACGGAAUCAGCAAGAACAGGAGCCCGCAACUGCGUCAAAAUCCAAGCGGUUUGACCUAUCAUCUUUUUUCUCCUCACCAGCUGCUAUCCCCGGCUUGUUGGUUGAAAAAUUCAUGUCACCCAAAUCCAAAAACCGUGCUGAGGCAACUGUUCAGCAAGCGGAGCCUGCUAAACCCCGACAAGAGCCUCCAACAGUGCCCGCGACAUCAAUCUUUUCAAGACCUCCUCAGAAUGGAAUUGGUCCGCGAACUGUUCGUCGCAAGGAUCCUAUAUCUUCAACUGUUCGGCCUGUUCCUCUGGCUGAUGAGCAAGUGGCUCAGCAAUCCGCAUCUCCUGGCACUCCUCCUGAGGAACCUUCUCUUCCCGUCAUUGCUCAGAAGCAAAACUUUACGCCGCGGCCGCGGCAAUCUAGCGAAUCCUUCUUCCAGCCUUCGUCCUCUCUCGCAGCUGCAACCCCCCCAAGGAUGCAGUUGACACAUGACGACAUUCAAAGGUGGCAGCUCGAAACCUCAAAUGCGAGCGGAAGUUCGCCCACCAGCCCAUCCGCAUUGAGGCCACUGCCGUCAAAGCACGCCUCGCCAAAGAAAUCAAGUCUUCGUUCUCCUCUGAAACCCCAUACUCCUGGACGAGUGGUUGAGUUUACAAGCAGCGUACUGUCGCCUCAAGAUCAAGCUCAAGUUCGCGAAAAACGCAGCCGAGCUAAUGCAAACGUAUCCCAGGAGGAUAUUCGCGCCACCGCCGCCGUACCGACCCAUGCAGAGCCGCGGGCAGGCAAAGGAAGCAUGGGCAGGCAGCAGCAACAUCCCCCACAGAGACUCGCCCCAAAGAUCGUUAAACCCGCAGGCGUGACAAAGAAACGAUCAACAAAGAAGCGAGGAGGACGGGAGCCCCCCUCCGAGACGGUCUGGACCCGUGGACACUGGAUUUUCCUCGAUACACUCUUGCAAAUGCGGCGACAGCGCCCCUUUAGCGAAGAGUACGAGCCUGUCUCCCGACGGUACCUUGGAAAAGUCGUCACUAGCAUGGGCGAGUCUUUAGUGCUGCAGAAGUGGCAUCUCGAGUGCGUCGACGCUUUCAAAUCCCAGAUAGGUGGUUGGGAUGAAGGCGAGCUCGCCAAGAGACUUUUUGCGCUCAUUCUCGGAGAAGCACAGCGGCGUCGAAACUCCGUGGGCUCAUCUCCCGGAGUUAUCUUUCAUUGA